UUAUAGUUUUAACAAUAAUAUUUAGUACAUUAAAUGGUUUAUCUUUAAUUGGUCGGUUAGUAGUUUUCAAACGGUCCCUAGUGUAUAACGUGAUGGAUUUUUUACCCAAUACUUUGAUGUGGUCACAUGCUGUAAUGCGUAUAACGUGCACAUACACCAGAAGAAAGUCAUACGAAGAAUUGCUCAAAGAAUUAGCAUAUAUUGAAAAACUUCAGGAGCUCAAAAACGAUAUUCAAAUGGAAAAAGCAAUAUAUAAGAAAAUGUUGAAAUAUUUUGUAUGCCUUAACAUAUUUCUAGUUGCGAUUUGGCUUUGGUAUUACGCACCGCCAAAUUUUAAAUUAUCUGCAAGAUAUUACUGGGGAAUUGGGCUCUACUUCAUUCAAGAAAUACUAUUUUAUUAUUAUAGUGUGUGUUUUUGUUUUAUCACAGUCACAGUCUUGGUGAUUUGUCACGAAAGAUUUAAAGUUUUAAACUACAUGUUGUGGAAAAUAAAGUUCAGUAAAACGUAUGAAGAUGUCGAGUUAUCAAUUAACAUACAAGAGAUAAACAAUAUAUUUAAGAAAUUAAAAAACGUUACUGAAGGAAUAAAUGAUCUUUUUGGGUCUCAGUUUCUUCUACAAUCACUAUUAUCGUUUGCUUGGUGUUUACACAUUUGUUUGUAUCUUAAACACGCCAGUAAAGAUUACUCAGAGUCGGUAGACUAUCCAUAUGUAACAGUUAUGUUUAUAUCAAUAAUUAUGGGUUCAACGUUAGUAAUAUUGGUAAUGUGUGACAAAAUAAGAACCGAAGCAAAAAAACUAAUGACAACCGCUUACUAUAUUGAAGACUGUUUAUCCAUUUAUUCAAAACCAUAUACAGAACUUCAAGCUUUUAUGAAGAAAGUAUCGUCGACUAAAUUUGAGUUUACUGCAGCUGGAUUUUUCACGAUACACCGACAUGUAAUGUUUUCUAUUUUAGGAAAUGUUGCCACAUAUUUUAUUUUAUUAGAACAAUUCUGGACAACCAAAUAAUUUUUUGACUUUGAAAUGCCUCUAAUU